AUGGUAAAAUAUUUCAGCGGCGCUGAUUUACUCAAGACCACCUGGGACCAAGUCUGCAUUGCCUUCUGGCAACGAUAUCCCAAUCCUUACAGUAACCAUGUUUUGACUGAGGACAUAAUUUUCCGGGAGGUCACUCCGACCAACUGCCUGAUUUCAAGGCGUCUUUUGACCAAAUUCAGCCGAGCGCCUGCCUGGAUGGAGCGCUACCUGCCAAAGCACAUGUCCAGCUCGGCGUACAUCAUUGAAGACUCCAUUGUGGACCCCCAAAAAAGGACCAUGACCACUAUGACCUGGAACAUCACUCACGCACGACUAAUGUACAGAACCAACCCCGACAACAGCAACUGGACAGAGUUAAAAAGAGAAGCUUGGAUCUCCUCACGUGUCUUUGGUCUCUCCAGAGCUAUUCAGGAAUUUGGACUAGCAAGGUUCAAGACCAGGGUCACAAAAACCAUGAAGGGAUUUGAAUAUGUGUUGGCCAAAAUGCAAGGUGAAACGCCUACAAAAACCUUGGCAGAAACGGCGACAGAGCGGGCGAGAGAGACAGCACUGGCAGCUAAAGAGAAGGCCAAAGACUUGGCAUCGCAAGCUCAGAAGAAACAGUACGUGUGA